AUGAACUCUCCAAUCGAUGACGACCCAUUGCAAAGAAACGAUGUUGCCGCCGCCUCCGCUCUCGAAGUGCGCAAGACGCGCUCACCGACACGAACAGAGCACGCCAAUGAGUCUACGCAGAGCCUUCCGAACCAGGCGCACUCCCCACCUACGGCGAGAUCAACGACCUUCGCGAGUACCCUCUCGCGAUCAAACUCUCCAAAUGGCAGGCUCUCGAUGUCGCUGUCUCGCUUCGGACGGGCCUCGGUGGCUAGUCCUCUGUCGAACCCGACCGAGAGCUAUGACGAAGUGAGGACGUUGAUUGUGCGAGCAUUCUCACCACUAGUAGCCAUAUGUGCGGCAGAGGAGGCCGACCUGCUCGCUCGGCACAAAGGCCAAUAUCACGACUUCGCAUCGCUUUUGCGACCGUAUGGGGAGCGCAUAUCCGGGAAAGUUGUUAUCCGCGAUAGCGUGGGCGCAAGUCGCUCAUGGGACGAUUUUGGCAUACAUAUUGCUGAGCUUAGCCAACUUACGCGUAGUGCGACAACGCAGCCGGCUUCGAACGAAUUGGGCCCUCUAGAAGAGCUUUUGGAACAAAGACUGGAGACUCAGGACGACCAAUCCGGCGACGGGGACGAGACAGGAGCCACAGCUCUGUAUCGAUACUACCUCAGCCGUUUGCUGCAAGCCACCACGAUUAGUGCUCACGAAGCAUUUUUACAUCCAACAUGUACAGUGAUAGUCAUCACGUCGGCGACUCCCCAGCCCAUAGAAACACUGCGCAACGUAUAUCAGCAGACGGCACAAGGCUCCCGGACUCUGCCACCUUAUGCUAACCCAGAAUAUCUGAGAUACUAUUUACUAGUCCACGACGAAGACCGAGAUGACUUCGCAAAGACGUCAGCUCUGUUCGACCAGAUGAAGAGGCAUUUCGGAUUGCACUGUCAUCUGCUACGCUUGCGCUCUGUCGAAAUCAGCACCAAGGAUGAAAGCGAGCCAGCUCCUAUUUGCGAGUGGCUAUCACCGUCCGAGGAACUGGCUCAGAAUGCUCAGAAUCGCAAAUUAAUUGAUGCAGAGGAUGAACCCACGUCAAAUGUCUUCUCAUCUGACGCCAACGCCAUUCGUGCCUUUCUUAGAGAGUUAGUGGCACAAUCCGUGGUACCGCACAUGGAACAGCGGAUUGCCAUAUGGAACGAACAAGUUGCGUCACGGCGCAAAGGUAUAUCAGGACGCUUCAUGUCAAUCUCCAAACGUUGGGGAGGUUUCGGGGGCUCAAGUCGAUCGGUCACUACCACAGGUACGCCGGCAUCAAGCGCCAGCGGCAAUUACGACGGGCUGCAGGGCUAUUAUAGGUAUGAUGCGCCCGAAGCCAUUCUAGCCAGGCUUUCUGCGUUUGCAUUCAUGCUACGAGACUACAAGCUUGCUGCGUCAACCAUGGAACUCGUGCGGUCUGACUUCGCCAAUGAUAAGGCGUGGAAGUACUCUGCAGGCGCGAACGAGAUUUGCUGUGUGGCGAGUCUUCUAAAUCCACUGAUGGGCACCAAUAGUGCCAAAUUUAAGCUGGAGGAUUUUGACCAGAUGCUCGACAUUGCGGUUUCGUCAUAUCUCAACAGAGGCGCCGAGCCCAGACUGGCCCUGCGAGCCGCGCUGCUGGGACUCGAGCUAUUGAAGGUCAGAGGCAAGGCAGCGGCCGAGAUUGCAGCAAAAUACGGAAUCCGUGCCAUAGAGCUCGGUCUGGUCAGUCCCGGCAGCAUCGGACAUGUUCUGCUGAACGAGAGAGUGGCGAGCUGUUUUGGCUUCCAAAUUGGAGCAGGCAGUAAUACUGGGCUUGGCGUUAGACGGCGGAAAGCAGCACUGUGGAAUGUCAUGGCCAGCGAUGAGUGGAUGAAGCUGGGCAUGGCUGCCUAUGCUAACGAACGGCUAGAAGAAGCUCGUGAGCUCUACGCUGAGACCAAGUAUGGUGCUGCUAUCCAGCAGUUUAGCGAAAUGAAUGUGUUCCUGGAGCAGCUGAGCUUCAGCAUACGCAUCAAAUUAGGGCAAGGAAAACGCAAUAGGGGUUUUAGUGGUGCCAGUGAGCUCAUGCAGCAAGAAGUGGAUGACGAGACCGUCGAAGAUAUGGCUCAGCCCGAGAAGUUGGACGGUCCUGGCCAUCGUCGGAACUUGAGCCUUGCUGGCACUGGCUCAAUAGCGAUGGACGCUGUGGCACAGAGAAGUCCUGUAAGACUGCGGGCAGAUCCGCUGGGAGCAACGGAGGAUGACGACUUUGAAUGA